AUGUCUUGUAUGGUAUGUAGAAAAAGCGACGUUAGAUUAUUUAACGUCGGCAGUAACUACGGUAAAAUCAACCACACAGUUGGGGACGAUUUUAAUGAAAUCUACGGCGAAAAGGUCAAACUGUACUUAACACCAGACAGUUGCGUUUGCAAUGUUUGUAUGAACAUUUUAGACAAUGUAGCAAAAUUAACCCAAUACAUUUGGAAUGUAAUAUCAAACCCAUACAACCAGCCUCAGCCAAGCAAGUUGAGCAAAUUUUGGAAAAUAUUUGCCUCUCUUAAGCUAGAAGGAGAUGAUGAUGAUGAUGACGCUUUGUUGGUACCAUCCUAUUCUGUACCUUAUAAUAAAAAAUUGGAGGAGCAAAUUGCAGAAAGAGAAAGACACAGAAGUUUUUGUAUCCCCCCUACAUCUGAAAGGUCAUUAGGAGUGCAGGGGAAGAGAAUGUCUUCAGGUACGAUCAGUGGUUAUUCAGUCACUGAUUACAGUGAAGUUGAAAGUGAAGAUUUUAGUGAAGUUCGUAGAAUUUUUAAAAGAAAGAAAAAAAGAGGACACAACUGGGCGAAAAGUAAGGGUGGUCGUAGUAGAUCUGCCACUUCUUCAGUUACCCGUAAAUCUGGACGGAAAACUUAUACUCCUUAUACUGAGUAUACUGAGUUUAGUGCUUAUUCUGAUACAUCUUCCAAGAGAAAAUUUAGAUCUUCGAACCUUCCUAGAACGUCAUCAACGUAUACAAGAUCUUUAAGCAGAUUAGAAGCAGAGUCAAGAGAGAAUUUGUCGAACAUAUAUUGUAUGGAGCGAAAUUGCAAUAUGUUCAGUGAUGAUAUUGAAGAAUUGAAUUUGCACAACAUAGAAGAACAUGCUAUGUCUAAUGUGUAUAAUUGCCUGGAGUGUCCAAAUGUUUAUACCACAAGUUAUCUUUUCAAUAUCCACAUGAAAUGCCACACGUAUUCGUUUUUCUGCCUGAUGUGCGGCAUGGAACAACAAAAUUCUUUGGAACUACAAAAACACCUAGACGAACAUUUGAUCUACUCUGUACCAUGCAAAUAUUGUGACAAAUCGUUUUUAAGUAAGAGCUUAAGGGAGGAACACAUCAGGCAACGGCACACUGGUAGAAGGAAUAGGCGAAUAUACAAAGAUAGGCUAAUUAUUUUGGACAGGAUUGAUAAGUGCAGUGGGAGCCAAGAACAAACAGAUGGAGACAAAAACGAAUAUGAAGCAAGGUAUAUCUUCUAUACAGACAUGCAAAUAGAAGAUGGUGACAUGGACAUGACAAUUGAAAAUUUAAAAACCAAAAAUAUUCCGGUAUAUACAGAUGAAGACGAAGGAAUUACGUUGGAAGAAGAGGAGGUAGAAGAAGACAUAGCCAGAACAGAAGAACCAGAAAUUGUUAAUAGUGAAAUUUCUCAGACUGAAAAUAUUGUAAUUCAAGAAACAAACAUUCCUGGUCUCUUUGAAGAUGAAAAUAUAGAUGAAACCUAG